AUUCUGCAGAUUUCCUUUUCCAUAUCGGAGAUAGGAGAGAUGCGAAAAGCAAACGAUACCCAGAAUGCUGCUGCAACAGUCCGGAAGUGAGCUGUAUAUUGACAAUAUGGCUGAUCGUUCUGCGGAGCGGGGAAGAAGGAAGUCUGGGCUUUGACAGUAUAGCCCUUUCACGGUUGCUGAUAAAACAGAUCUUUGAAUGAGGGGAGUUGAGAUUCUACGGGAUGAAGACAUUGAGCUGAGGACAUAUUUAGAGCGUUAGAACAGCCAUGUCGUUUUUUAGGAGGAAAGUGUAUUUUUGGGACCUCGUCAUGAGUACGGUUUGGAUUCUGAUCCAGACCAGAGACCCAGUCUUCCCCGGGGCAUCCGUUUGUAUGGCGUCAUGCCAGCUUCUCCGGAGCAACCUGAUGAACCAAACCUUCCCCCGAGCAAAAGCCAAGGAAAUUGAGAGACCAGUUGAUCCAAAACCUACCAAGGCUCCGGUUACAUCGCACUCCCCGUCUCAGGCUUCCCGCAACCACCAUGCUAUCCUGGAGGCAGCUGGGCCCAGCCACGUGGCCAUCAACGCCAUCUCCGCCAACAUGGACUCCUUCGCCCGCGGGCGCACCGCUAUUCUCAAGAAGCAGCCCAGUCACAUGGAGGCUGCGCAUUUUGGGGACCUAGGGCGUUCCAGCGUCAACUACCAGGCGCAGGAGACGCGGUCGCGGCUGUCCAAGACGGUGGACCAGAUCCUGCGGGACAACGUGGCCAUGCCCUACUACAUCCAGUUCAUGGAGACGCAGGGGGCCGACCACCUGGUCAAGUUCUGGCUGGAGGCCGAGAGCUUCCGGGCCACCAGCUGGUCCCGGGUCCGGGCGCACAGCCUCAACUCCGUCAAGCACAGCUCGCUGGCCGAGCCGGCCUCGCCCUCCGCCCGGGGUCCCGGGAGCGAGGACUCGUCCGGGUCGCCCCCGCUCGCCCACACCCCCAGCCCCCCGGACACUAACUCUCACAGCCCCGGGGGGGCCGGCGUCUCCCACGGCAACUCCCUGGGCCCGGACGGCGGCAGGGAGCCCGGGGCCCUUCAGCAGGUCCCGCAGGGCGACACUCCCACCAGGCAACCCUCCUCCAGGGUGGGGACCCCCUUCAAACUCCAGGCAACGAACGCACUCAAACAGCUGUCUGACAAGCUCAUGAAGAGUAUAGAGAGAGAUGCAGUGAGUAUCUUUACCAAGUACAUCUCUCCUGAUGCUGCUAGAUCCAUCCCCAUCACAGAAUCCGUCAGAAACGACAUAGUGGCAAAAAUCUGUGGGGAAGAUGGGCAGGUGGAUCCAAACUGUUUUGUCACAGCACAGUCGGUAGUCUUCGGCAUCAUGGACGAACAGCACUUUACCGAAUUUUUACGGAGCCAUCAUUUCUGCAAGUACCAGAUCGAGGUGCUGACCAGCGGUACCGUGUUCCUGGCCGACAUCCUCUUCUGCGAGUCGGCCCUCUUCUACUUCUCAGAGUACAUGGAGAAGGAGGAAGCUGUCAACAUCCUGCAGUUCUGGCUCGCCGCCGACAACUUUCAGGACCAGCUGGCAGCCAAGAAGGGCCAGUAUGACGGACAGGAGGCUCAGAAUGACGCCAUGAUCCUGUACGACAAGUAUUUCUCCCUUCAAGCCACAAACCCCCUGGGUUUUGACGACUUGGUGCGGUUAGAAAUAGAGUCCAACAUCUGCCGGGAGGGCGGUCCCCUGCCCACCUGCUUCACCACGCCCCUGCGGCAGGCGUGGACCACUAUGGAGAAGGUUUACAUGCCAGGCUUCUUGUCUAGUAACCUUUAUUACAAGUAUCUGAAUGACUUGAUCAAUUCCGUCCGGGCCGACGAGUUUUUCGGCGGGAACGCGGUUGCCCCGGGGCAAGGUCUGACCCAGGACGGCGACCGCAGCACUAGCACCUCGGAGGAGACACAAGCCCAGCAAGGCACCAAAAAGGCAGCAAUUAAAAUCCUGAAAAACUUUGACGAGGCAAUAACGGUGGACAUCGCCAGCCUGGACCCGGAGUCUCUGUAUCAGCGCCCGUACGCUGGAAUGACGUUUGGGAAGGUGAACGAGCUCGGGCAGUUCAUCAGGGAGGCGGAGCCGGAACCUGACGUGAAGAAGUCCAAAGGCUCCAUAUUUUCCCUGGCGAUGAAGAAGUGGGUGCAGGGAAAUUCGGAUGAGGCCCAGGAAGAGAUGGCCUGGAAGAUUGCCAAGAUGAUCGUGAACGACGUCAUGCAUCAGGCGCAUCACGAUCAGCCCGGCGACCAGGCGACUAAGGUGCUGGAUCUCUCCGGAGCGACACUAUGACCUCCGUGAAGAACCAAAGGAAACUCCGUACUGACGCUCCGUGGAGCGAUGAAGCCGGGUGGCGGCGGAGGAGUCGGCGAUGAACUGCACACUAUUUAUCCAAUGUUAAAGUUAUUUGAAUGAAGAUAGAACAACACAUUCCAUGACUUCCUGCAUCAAGCUUGCAUGUGUGUGCGUGUGCGUGUGUGUGUGUGCGCGCGAACGUAUGUUUGUGGGAUCACGUGUACACUCCCUCUUAACACUAUGAAGGCUUUUAAAAGUAUGAAGUGGAAAAAAAAACAAAAACAAAGCCGUUGUGCAGCAGCACCCUGACGCGAACAAAAUCCCUACAAGGACAGGAAAUGGUGCAGGAAGUGGUGGCGUUACACAGUGCAUUAAAGUAUCUCUGCUCCAGUAACCUUCUACCAUGGCCUCUGAGUAGAGGCCCAGGACCUGAAAGAGACUUCACAAGAUUGUAACAAUGAAGACUACAGUUUCCCCCCUCCUGUUCCUCUAUUUGUUUUAAAUAAAGUUGUACCCAAAAAGGUCAUAUUCAUUUUAAUGGAAGGGGCCGUCAUUGACGAAUUGCACCCAUUGCUGAACGGCUGUGUACAGUUUUGAUUAGAAACUCAUUGCCUCUCUGGCCUCCUGUGUAUUUUGUGAACAGUAUUGACAGUGCAAGUAAUUUGUCCUAUACCUGUGUCCAGUAGACAAGACGGGAAUAUGAUUGAAACUGGAAAUGCCACCAAUCGCAGCUGCAAGGAACUUGCCCAAAAUCUGUAGCACGACCUGGAACUCUGUUCAAGUCAUUACAGUACGCAGGUCACAAGUUGUUCUUCUGCAGUUAAUGGAAAACUCCCUUGGACUGAAUUACAAAAGUCGCAAACGAAUACUUCUGGCUCCAUGUUAUAUAGCUGUAGUUUUCUGGUUUACCCCAUAUAUUAAUGUUAUAUCCAUAUUUUGAUGAUGAUUAUUUUUUGUAUAAUAUGUAAAAAACAUUGUCAAUACGAAUCUCAAUAAGGACUCGUAGUCUUAUGAGAAUGUAUACUUGGUGAAUAUGUCAUUAUUUUCAGACACGUUCAACUGUGGAUAAGAACCAGAAUGAAAAGACUUUUGGUACUAUGUACCUCUACUAUGUUUUCUGAUGGAUAUGUGUACUUAAUCUAUAAUAUAUUUAAAUUGUGUUCGAUUUAAAAAUACAUAUAUUAUUGAAAUGUUUGUCAUCUGUCUUGUGUCAUUUGUUUUUUUUAUGACCAUAAAAAGUACUCCAAUAUAAAUCUUCCACAGAAACAGAAGGUACUGUAGUGGCAAAGGAACUCAAUGAAAACUCCAUGAAAUCCAAUGGUUUCACUGAUUCUUGUGGAAAAGUUGCUACCAAUAAAUGGAAAAUUAGAAUUC